CACAGCUGACCCACUAACAACAAUCGCUGUCGUCACCAGAAGUAUUUUGGUGUUGUUGCUGGUUGCAUUUUAUUUAUCUUGCAAAACUAAAAAGAGAUCAAACAAACGGUGGGAAAACAUUCCGCGACAACGCAACAAUUUGCAGCCAAGCAGCACGUGUGCCACUGUGCCAAAAUUAGCAACGGGACUAGAGCGGGAGGAACACUUUUCGUGCGAGUGACGUGCUUGACAUUGAACAACAUUCGCGCGGGCCUCAGUGAAAUAAGCAAAAAUAAAACGAGGAAGCGCCAAUAAAACCAAUACCAACGAAAGGCGUCAGCCGUAUCAGCUGUUGGCCAAGUGCGUGCGGGUGAAAAAAUUCAUUAUUAAUUGUGCCACAGGCGAAGCCACAGCCCACUGAUUCCUCGCCAGUUUUCCACAUUCCCUCCCCAGUUGAGUUGAAUUUCCAGUGCAGCGAUACUAGUAGCACCAGCACGAGCAGCAGCAGCAGCAGGGGCAGCGGUAGCAGCAGCAAUCUGAACUGGAAAUUGCAGGCAAUUGAGCGAGCAUUUACUCAAAUCGCUGUUGUGUAAUCACUUGUAAAAGAUGAGCGCUCCUCCCAAGAAACAGAGCUCCAAUGCCAUCAAAUUUCUGUUUGGUGGCCUAUCCGGAAUGGGUGCCACGUUAGUGGUUCAGCCCCUGGAUUUGGUGAAAACCCGCAUGCAGAUCUCGGGAGCUGGCAGUGGAAAGAAAGAGUUCCGGAACUCCUUCCAUUGCAUCCAGACGAUCAUUGGCAAGGAGGGACCCCUGGCUCUCUACCAGGGAAUCGGAGCGGCAUUGUUGCGACAGGCCACCUACACCACCGGUAGGUUGGGCAUGUACACGUACCUGAAUGAUCAGUUCGUGGAGCGAUUCAAGCACAAUCCCGGAGUUCUUCACAGUAUGGCCAUGGGAACGAUAGCCGGAGCUUGUGGUGCCUUCAUCGGUACGCCCGCUGAGGUGGCGCUUAUCCGCAUGACCUCCGAUGGUCGCCUGCCGGUGGCGGAGAGGAGAAACUACACCAACGUGCUCAAUGCGUUGACCAGAAUUACGUCGGAGGAAGGAAUCACGGCUCUCUGGAGGGGCAGCUUGCCCACCGUGGGCCGUGCCAUGGUGGUGAACAUGACUCAGUUGGCCAGUUACUCGCAGUUCAAGGCCUACUUCCGGGAUGGACCUCUUAAAAUGCAGGAGGGCAUCAAACUGCACUUCUGUGCCAGUAUGUUGAGCGGUCUUCUGACCACCAUGACGUCCAUGCCAUUGGACAUUGCCAAAACUCGCAUCCAGAACAUGAAGACUAUUGAUGGCAAAGCAGAAUACCGGGGUACUCUGGAUGUGCUGUUUAGGGUGGCUCGCCAGGAGGGCAUCUUCGCGCUGUGGAAGGGAUUCACACCCUACUACUGCCGGCUGGGCCCGCACACUGUGCUGACCUUCAUUCUGCUGGAGCAGCUCAACCAGGGCUAUAACAAAUACGUUAUUAACAGCCAAAAAGCCACCGGCCUGUAGAAUGAACGGCCAGACGAAGAGAGAUAACCGAAGCGUGUAUAUAACGUUAAGUUUAAAGUGUAAACCAACAUAGGGCAUUUAAAUGUCGGCAAUUCCGGAGACAAUAUUACGAUAUAACGACAAUUAGCUUGGAAGUUUAAUGAAAGUUUUGUAGCGCCAUAAUAAUGGAUUCUCAAUAAAGCACAACAUGUUAACGAAA